AUGCCCGAUCUCACUGUGUGGAAAACCCUGCUAGCGGCGGCACUGAAACACUUGGUGACGUCUGUGGGGUCACUUGAUUUGACAGAUCCAGAACUGAAGACUGGUGAGAAUAUCCGCUCAUGGCAGGCUGCUCAAAACUUGUCAAGACUUCCUGUAAAAGAGAAGACAAAAUGGAAGCACAAGGCAGCCAGGGCUGAACAUGCCAAGUCCAGCCCACGAUACAGAAGAUUCACCAGUUUACCGGAUACAAGAAUGACAGGAAUCAGAGUAGAGUGGCCUCAUAGAUGUGGGAGACCCCUCCCAUGCAUUAGCAAUGUAGCUCUUUCACUCCUGGCCAAGGAGAAGCCCCCUUGCUUUGUGCCCACUAGGGGACCCUAUAAUCUUAUUGAUCAUGAAAUUCUUCUAAAAAAAUCUCAGUCUGCUGAAGACUUAGUCUCUGUCAUUGUGAAAGACAUUCUGAAAGAGAGCUUCACAGAGCGAGCUCGACCAAGAGGCAGAACUUUCAUUGAGAUGUACCAAAGAAACCUGUCUAGCAAGAGAUGGAGAUACCUUCUAACAGUUCUCUUGUACUCACAGGUGGAGAUUUGUUGCUCACUGUACCUUAUUAUUACUAUUGAACCACCAAAGCCAGCUGUUGGACAAAGUGUUUUGUUCCUUGUUCCUUACACUGGAGAGCUCUAUAAUGUCAACUGGUACAGAGGAAAAGGAACCGGAGACAAGAUAAGUAUUCUGACACAUGGCCCUGGAUCGCCCUAUCCUCCUACACGAGGUCCACUCUACACAGGGAGAGAAACCGUGAUGGACAAUGGGACACUACAAAUCUCUGACCUAAUGACUAAUUAUAGUGGAUUCUACACCGUGGAAAUCACAACCCCAGCGGGCCUUCAAUAUCAGAGUAUUGAACUCACUGUGUACGCCGAUCCAAAUGGAGAUAAUAAUCCAACAAAGGCAUUCCCCAAGUCAUAUCUUACUACUACCACACAAAAUCCAAAGUCCUAUCACACUAGGUAUCCACAGGAUAGGCCUGGAUCUCAGCCGUUUAAAGGUUCUUACAUUGUCAUUCCCGUGGGUAUUUCAGUUGGCAUAGUAAUUGUCAUUGGCUUGGUAAUUUCUGGUGUGAUAAUCUGGAAGAAAAAAUGUAGUAAAAAGUCUCAGGAGCCAUUCUAUGAAGAGGCAGACAAAACAACCUUAGCAACACAAGAACAUAUUACUUCUAAGUACAACCUGCAAGUAAUUUCCAGAAGAUUGCCCUCUGUUCCACCUUUCACUAACUCAGCUAUUUAUCAGGAUAGCAACAGAAAUGUAGAAGGCAAUUACGUAAAUGGCAUCAAAAGUCAAGCAGACAGUGAUACAACUAGUAAUACCAAUGAAGACGAACACCCUUACACUGAUCUUAAUUACUUAUACACAAGUAGUGCUUACCAAGUCCUUCAAAGAGCAAGCCAAUAAUACUUCACUUUGAAUAUCUGCUUUUGCCCCGUUGGCUGAAAAAUACUUGUGAAUUUGUCUAACAGGGAGGCCUAAAAACAUUGAACAUUUUCUAUUAAAUAUAUGUAUAUAAAAUCACAAUUGUUUUAUGACAUGCACAGUAAAUCUAUC